AAACAGGAACAGAAAGUGAAGACAUGUCAAGAUGUCUGGGUGAGGGGGACCAGAACAGAGCAGAAGCCAGAUGCCAAAACAGAAACAACAGAAGUUUGAGCAGCUGACUGGAUUAGACAGGAGGGGCGAGCUGACCUGCCACUUCACAUGUGCCUGCGGGACACACCCAAAUUGAACCACCUCUUGACAAAACUAAACCAAAAGGGCAAGAGGACAAGUGAAGACUCUAGAAGACAGAGAGAAAGAAAACAGUCUGUGGGAUGCCAAGUAGUGUAAACAAACUUGGCUGAAUUGCAGAUUUUGGCACAAGAUUAUCAACAUUCAAAGAAACCCCUGUUUUGGAUUGGUUUAAAGAAUGCUUCAGCUUUGUACCCACCUCACAGGACAUUUCAAGGAAGGAGGCUUACAUGAAGUCACCCUGUGCUGUAAAUUCUGAUCUUUAGAGGUAGAAACCAGAAAUAUCUGACCCGACAGCUGUUGGCUCCGUGGAUGUCUGAGUAAAAGUUCAUAUCUUACAGCUUUAAAGGAAGCAGAUUACAUAAAAGGACUUAAAUUAACACCAUAUCUUAAUUAUCUGGGUGUCUCCAGCUGUCUAAUAUGCACAUUUACUGACUUGCAAACUUCACAACCCUCUAAAGGAUUUAUUAAAACUUUUACAACUGCCAGGCAGACUCAAUUAAAAGGAGUCACAGCUCCGUAUCUGAAAGCCAUGGAUGGGAGAACAGACAGCAUCCAGGAUUUUUUCAACCAACUUUGGAGCUUCGCUACAGACAAACACAACCAGGGGGUCUACAACACAGUGUGCCUGGUGGUCCUACUGACUCUCCCCCUGCUGGUUCUCCUCACCACACUGGUCGUGUGCUGUCACUGCUGCUGCUGUCGCCAUGCCAACAGUUGCUGCUGCUGCUGCAAAGACACCAUGGCAACUGCAAGGUCAGAGACAAAGAAGAAGAAGAAUUCGGCUGAAGACUUGUGGAUCUCUGUCAAGGGGCCGAUGACGCCCGACAGGGUCGCCCUGGCCAUGGUGUAGGAGUCCACUUUUUAUUCUUCAGACUUCUGAUCCAGGGUCAGUCGGUGCGGUGGAGCUGAUGGAGUGUCUCAAAAGUGUAAAACUCAAACCAGCUCAGACUGAAAAGACAAUGUUCAAAGUAGUGAGGCGGACCUCACAUUGCAGUGGGCACAGAUUUGGAUGAAAUAUGUAAACAGUGUACAGAUUCCUGUCAUUUUGUAUUCAUACAAUGUCAUGUGCGGAGAAUGUUUACAACAUUUUGUAUGAGCUUUUUAAUGUGUGGUACAUAAAGGAAGAAAUAUGCCGAAGCAUAUACAUAUCUGCAAAUGUGCGUGUGUGUGUGUGUGUGUGUGUGUGAGAAAGAGAGAGAGAGAGAGGGAGAGAGAUGCAGUGUUAUUGGGAGCACUUUGUUCUUAGAGCUCCCAUGUGAAAUUCAUUGCGUGUGUAUUUGGGAGAGAGAGCCAAUUUAAGGUCUGCCCAGUGCUCUGAUGGCUGUAAUGCUGCCUACGUUUCACAUUCUGGCUGCACUUGAGACUCAUGAUUGACUUUAUUUGUACAAAAAAAGAAAAAGACACCGAUGGCCAACAAGUUGAUUUGACAGGAUGCAGAACAAAAACUUUCUUUCGACUUUUUUUCUUAACUUUAUUUGCUUAAUAUGAUACAGUAAAGGCCACUGGAGAGACUCCUCCUUGUUUUGCUUUUUGAUUGUUUUAGUAUUUAGAAUAAGUGAGCCUGAAAGACACCACUCAAAAUGUUAAUUUGUGGAAAGCCACCAAAAGGUAAAAAAAACUAAAUUUGAAUCUUUUACCAAAUUGAUUGACAGAAGUCAACAACCGUAUCUAAAUCAAUAAUGUUUUCUGGGCCUGUAUUAAUUGGAGUUUUGGAUUUUAGUUAAAUAUAAAAGUAAAAGAUAUUGUUCAACCCCUAUUCAUCAAAUGUCUUUCAACAUAAAAAUGCUAUUUUUUUUAAAACUAACUUCAUCUGCAUUGUAAGAGGUCAGUGUGGUCCUAAACUGUAUGAUGUACAUUUCCUAUAUUUCAUCCCUCUAUAUAUCAUAAAACUAGUUUCUUGUUGAGUUGUUCAUUUCAUUCAUUACUGUUAGAAAUAUCAAAGGGGGCAUAUAAUGCUCAUUUUCAGGUUCAUACUUGUAUUUUAGGUUUUCUAUAAGAACAUGUUUACAUGCUUUAAUACUGAAAAAUACAUUUUCAAUACAAUUUUCUCUGAUUGAUUUGAUCUGUUUUUGCCCUCUGCAUUGCUCCAUUUUAUCGGUCUUCAGUCUUCACUAAUAAUGCAUUUAUUUGAUGAAGUUAAUUGUGAUUGUGGUAAAUAAACAUAUUAUCACUGAGCAUAGAGCAGGAUCAGCAACCUUUUAGAUGUCCUGUGCUAAUUUACAAUGUUUAUAUGCAUGUUUUUAGUUCUUUAGGCUGCUGCACGUCUCCUGUCCAAAUGGAACAGUAUGAUUUAAAAAUAAAAUUAAUACAUAACUUGUAGCCUACUAUAUUUUCAGUUUCAGAUUAAAAAUCUCAUAUAACACAUUGGAGUACAGAUACAUCCUUUGUUUAUCCCAUUCAUCCAUUGCAGCCUCAUCCCUGCACAUGCUUUGUCACUCUUUAUACUAACACUACUACUCCUACUACAGUUACUGCUAAAGCUUUCUGGCACAGGAUUUUCUGUUAGAAACCCAUGUCUCCCAUGUGCUCAAGCUGUGGGUGGAGAUCAUCAGAUGGGGGGGGGAUGGUGAACUCUCAUGAGCCUUCAUGUGAAAUAGGAAGAGGAGCCAAGUCAGAAUGGCUUGUUGAAUCCCAUGUUGUUGUUUUUCUAUCUUGGCAGCUCACAGAAAAAUGUCUUUUGAGUUGGUAAACACUCCAGAUGCCCAAAUGUAUGAGUACAAUCACGUUUUAUGCCUCCUUUAAUGAUACAUGCUUACAUUAUGUAUUAUUUAGCAGAAAACACAUCACUGUGUAAGAUCUUUUAAAACAAAGAACAAGCAAUGCAACAGAUAUAUUUAUUUGUUUUCUUUUCUACAGCAUUUUUAAUCUGAGAAGUUUGAUUAAUAAGGGGUUUGAAUUUGUUUACAUUAAUGUUUGUACAUACAGCAGCAUUUAAUUACAUUCAUUCAGUAGCAAACAAAAUGGUGAUUUAAUCAUCUAUGUGUGUAAUUAUACCUCAAAGUUAUGUGGUAAAAACAAGAGGCUUAAAGUGUAUUCACAAUUAUUUCUGAACUUAUUCAACUUCACAUGUUUUAGAAAAUAUCCAGAGAAGAGAAACCUUGAAAUAAAUGAUUCGGGCUUCAAAUGGAUUGUGCCUGAAGGCUCAUAUUUUUUUUUAAGUAUGACAUCUCAAAGCCCAAUUAGGCAGAAGCAUCUCAGCAGUAUCAUCAUGUUCAGGCGUUAGCUUACACUGGCACUAAGUUGAUCUUCUUGCUCAAGUGCUGCUGGGAAAACAGGCCCCGACUCAUUUCAUUACUGCUCAGACAGACACAUUCCCAUGUGGAGAUGAGGGUUUGUAUCUUCUGCUGCGUGUUCAGAGAGAGAGAGACUGUACUUGUUGAGCUUAAUUUGAAAGCUUGCCCUGCAAAAUAAAAGCCUUAGUAGCAACGCAUGAUCACAAGUGCCAUCGCCCGCACUGAAAGGCUUGCCAAGAAAUUACAUCAUCGAUGUGUUUGGGGGCCGGCUGAACAUGUCACUGUGGCUUGCAUUAGCAGAAUGAGACUUACAAUCAGUUUCUUCUUUUCAAUUCAGUUUCUAUUUAUCAUUGCAGACAGUGAGAGGUAAUGAUAAAAACAGGCAGUUGAUAUAAGGAAGGUGAGAUUACCAUUCUUGAAGGAAAUGUUUAACAUGUCAGGAAAUACACUUCUUUGCUUUCCUUUCCAAGAGUCAGAUAAUAUGCUUUAAACCAAUCACAUGACUGUAGCUGGUUAUUCAUAUUCCUAUCUUUUAAUUAUUAUUAUCAUUUAAAAUUUAGGACUUAAACAUGUUUUGGGAUGCAUAAAAGUAUAGUAUGUCAAAAACUGGUUAAAGUGUAGUUUCGUCCAAAAAUGCCUAAAAACAAUUUAGAAUAAUAGAUUAAUCGUUAAUCGGUUAUAGUAUAAUAUGCCCAAAUAUAUUUUAAUCCACUUUAUGAUAUUAUGGCCAAAUAUAAUACAAUAUGUCGAAAAACAAAAAAAUGGUCAAAGUGUAGUUUGUCCAAAAAUGCAAUCGGACACUGAAUAGCAUGUUGAGUAUGGUGAUAGUAUAGUAUGUCCAUUUAAAAAAAACACUAUACAUUAUAGUACGUCCAAAAAUCGGAAAUAACACCAUACUA